AUGUCCAAAAGGGGAAAUCUACCGAUUAUAAUAUUAAUUUUCAUUCUCUUAAGGAUUUUCGCGCAUUUGAGAUUUGAAUUUUGCCCCAGUUUGUCAACCCCUUAUAAUAUAAGAGCUACAACUACUAUAUUACCAAUUGUUACCAUAUCAUUUGAGUCCAUAUUUAUUCUCAUCGAUAGUGUUAAGAUGAGAUUCUCACCGCUAUUACGCUCUACUCAAGUUUUGAUCAGGUCGGCUACUGGAAAUCCAACCGGUUUAACAGGUAUUUUAACACAUCCAAACCCAAGACCAGUAUUGAUUGAGCUUUAUAAAUCAACUUUAAAUUAUAUUGAAGAUUCAUUUCCGAAAGAUGCAGUUUAUAGAACUUCAACUACAAAUUUCACUACAAAAAGGCUUGAAAUUGUUGAAAAACAUGAAGAUAUUACUAAAAUUGAAUCUGAAAUUGGAAAUGGGUUAAUUGAAGAAUUGAUUAUUCAAGCUAAUGAUGAAUUUAAUUUGGCUCAAAAACUAGCGGAAUGGAAAGUUUGGGAAGAAUUAGAAGAAAAACCACUUGAAGAUCAAUGGGUAUAUUUUGGGAAAAGAAUUUGA